CGAUGGAACUUCCGUAAGGACCGUGCACGACGGAAUUUUUCUGCAACACGUCGGUGUUUCCGCAACUGGAUUUAGCAUGUUUUGCGAUGCAGCGUCUCACUAAGGCAUCAAGGCGUAUCACUUUUUGAGGCGACGUUCACCUUGUAUAUGUUUCUCUGCACCUAGAGAUCGGUGUCUCGAAAAUUCGAGCGCACUUGAAAUCCAAGCGGCACGGCGAGGAACAUAAACUGGUCGUAGCUGAGGCAGAAAACGUCCACUUGGUCCGGCGAAGCCAGCUUCCUCCUUAUCCACGUGCUUUAGUAGCUGUCGUCAUGAUGCAACGUGUUCGACGGCCGUCCUGGGACGCCCACGAGACAACCCACGUCCGAGCGGCCCUAGACGCGUUGCAAAAGCGAUGAAAAGCGCCUUUCAAAAGCGGAACUGUUCGCUCGGCCCUGCGCGCCGCUUGGCUGCUUCUCCGCUGGAAGACGCCAGGCGAACCGAAAACUCGCCAAACGCGUGAUCAUCUACACCAAGUGCUAUUAAGGAAGACAAGAAUGCCACCAUCGACCGAAAAAGUGCCCGUGUGAGUGUUUCGUUGUGCCGUGAUCAUGUUUAUGUCCCCCGCGUGACCAUGACGAGUCGACCUCCUGACCAAGCAACCGUACCGAACGGUUUCAAUCGCAUCCUGCGUCUUUACUGUCUUCAGUCUUCAGACCGCCGUGAAGUGACCGCCUGGUGCAGUGGUCGUAGUUAUGAGUGCUUCCAGGAGAAGAUACGGUGAUCGUCGUAAUUCUUGGUCGGCACCGGGCCCCGUAAAUUCCGCGCCGUGGCUAGCUCGAGUGGCUCCAGGAUGCGGGAACCACGUCGGUCUUCGCCGGUGCUCCAAGUGCCGCUACUAUUGCCGGGCCGGCACCACGUCGCUCAUGUCCCACUUCGGGCUGUGCAGCCUGGUGGUCGGCUACUGCGUGAUGGGCGCUUUCCUCUUCGAGUUCCUCGAGGCCACCAACGAGCGCAACAAGAGGCUCGAGAUGAUGCGCUGGCGCUCGAACCUGGCCGACGCGUUGUGGCAGCUGACGUCUGAGUCGCGGAUUCUGGACCAGACAAACUGGACCGGCGAGGCGGUGGCCAGGCUGCGGCGCUUCGAGGUGACCCUCGUACAAGCGGUGCGCAAGGAAGGCUACGACGGCAAGGAGGACGCCCAACUGCAGUGGUCCUUCAGUGGGGCCCUCCUGUACUCGAUCAUCGUCAUCACCACCAUUGGGUACGGCAACAUCGCGCCCAAGACGCCGCAGGGCAAAGUGGUGACCAUCCUGUACGCAAUCGUGGGCAUUCCCCUGAUGCUGCUGUGCCUGUCGAACAUAGGCGACGCCAUGGCGCAGAGCUUCAAGUUCUCCUACCGAUACAUCUGCUGUUCCAUUUGCCACCGCAAGGCCGUGCAAAGGGCUAAAGGACGAUACUCGCGCAAGAACUUUCAGCAGGAACACCAGCCAAAUUACCAGCAGCAAUUCCAGAUGCAGUCCCGGUCUGUGCGCCGCAAUAUGGGACAGGGCGCCGGCGCGAGCCACGGCUCGUCGCUCGCGGCGCCUCCCAGCUACAAGGAGCUGUCCGCUUGUCGUCCGGCGCGGGGCAGAGGUAGUUACCCUCCGUCGUCGCGCCAGCCUCCGGGAUCGGCGACAGGCAGGAGGCAGGCCGAUCUCGAGGCGGCCCGAGUGCCCGUCAUCAGCAACAAGUACGCCCUGACUGAGGACGCCGGUGGCCCCACCGCGGCCCACGACUACAGGACGCCGCCUGCCAGGACAGGACGGCGCACCUGGCGCGACGAGGGCGGAGAGCUGGCAGACGACGAGUCGGUGAACGCCCUCGAGGACGACGACGAAGACGUCGGCGACGAAGACGAGGACGAGGUCGUGGGUUCGGUGCCCAUCUGGCUGUGCUGCGCCAUCGUGGUGGGCUACAUCUGCGGCGGCGCCUGGCUCUUCUACUCGUGGGAGGGCUGGGGCUACCUGGACAGCGCCUACUUCUGCUUCGUCACCCUGACCACCAUCGGCUUCGGCGAUUUGGUGCCGGGCACGGCACUCUCGGACGACCAGACCGUGACGCUGGCCGUGUGCGCCGUGUACCUGUUGUUCGGAAUGGCUUUGCUCGCCAUGUCCUUUAACCUGGUGCAGGAAGAAGUGACGCGCUCUGUCAAGUGCGUUGGACGUAGGCUGGGAAUAAUAUCGGACAGAGAUGAAGACCGGUGACGAUUCGUUUUUUCCCCUCGCGCGAUAGUGUUAUGUUAGAGAAGCUCUUUUGCUCCGAAAGGGAGGGACUAACCAACCCCCCCCCAGUAUGAAGAAAAGAGGGUUUCCCCACGGAUGCUGUCAAGAGAUUGUGUUUCCGGAAGGUGGGCGGAUCAUUCGCAAGGAAGUGACUGCUAAUUUACGCUUUAUGCGAGAGACCGGUUUAAGUAGUACAUGGUGAGACAUACCGCAUAGAAAGAGUCGCUCAGGCGAAGAAAUUGCCGGCCAGGUCUGCCAGGCUAACUCCGCCUGUGGAAACAUAUCACCACCUCCACACGAUCGGCGUACACGCACCGCUACCUGACAAAGUGCUAUGGAUGCAGAAAGAGUGGACAGUACACGAACAGACACUGCGUCCAGAAAAAAAUGGCGGCCAU